GCAUGAACUGAAAAUUCCACCUUCUUCUCUUCUAUCCUUCUUGCUGAGAAUUCAAAAAGAACAUUGAGAAAAGCUGGUUAUUGUUGAGUCAAGGGAGAACUUGCUCUGCUUUUUGCAUGCCAUAUCUCACAAACACAGGAAAAGUUUGUGAUAGAAGAAAUAUGGAGCCAAAAGCUGAAUAUCAAAAGCCACCAAAGACGAUGCUUAAAAAAUUGUCUGAUAAACUCCCUGAGUUGGACGUUGAAAUACUAAAGAAGAACUCACACAUGCUUGUGUCACCAACUUCUCAAACCCUAAACAUGAAAAAAUCACCUGGGAGGGUGAAUUGUCUAUGCUCACCCACCACACAUGCUGGUUCCUUUAGAUGUCGCCACCAUCGAUCUUAUGACAUGCGUAGAGGAAAAUCGAUUGGUUCCAACCUCGCAGAAUUGGGUUCAAAAGCUGGUCCAAUAAGUGACUCACUCAAUGCUCAAUAGCUUGCAAUGCAAAUAACGAGGUUGCAUAUAUAUAUUCAUAGAGUAAAACCAUGUUUUGAUCUUUCAAAAGGGUAAAACUCUUGUCAUAUUAAUCUUUGAAAAAAAAAAAAAAAUUAUAUAUCUAUUCUUUUUCUCAUCACUUUAGUCUUCAAAAGUUUUUAUCAUUUAAAUAAAUCAGGUGUGACUUUUUUUUUCAAAUUUUGAACUAAAGUGAAUGAUAACUUUAUUUGAAUUUUCUUAUUUUCAAAGAUUAGAGUGACUAUGAGAACCAUAUUCUCUAUUUACUCUAUUUACAUAUACACACAUACACUUACACAAACAACUAUUGCUUGUAUAAAGUGAUU